UCGCACAUGAAAGCUUCUGGCCAGAGGGUUGGGCGCCGGCGUCUACUUCCCUGCCUGCACUAAGUGUUAUGAGAGGCCGAGGCCGCCCCGAGCCUCCCCAUCACUGACAUCAUACAGAGAGGGGAGGAGGGAGGCAGCCUGCCGGAGUCACAGGAGGGAGGACAGGCGGCGCAGGCUGGGAUCCGCACAACACAGCACAGUACUGAGUAACCGGAGGAGCCCGGAGACACCGAGUCCUGGACGGGAUGACACUCUAAUGAUCAGAGUCUGAUUCACACCCCCUCCUCCUCCCUCUACUGUCCGAGCCGGGGAGUGCUGGAUGUGGCUGCGGCUGAGCCGUCCCUGGAAGAGGGAACCGAGUCUGGAUAAGUUGGUCGCGCUUCUUCUCUCAAGGAGGAUCUGAUGCUGAUCCGCUGGAUUAUGGCUCCCGGCUGGAGAGGACCGUGCCGUUGGCUGAGCUGUUCCCUGACUCUUACCCUGAUGGCUUCAGUCUUCCAAGGUGUCCAUACUCAGAUGGUACUAGUCAAUGAUACAGUCUCGGGAUUCGUUGGCACAAGUGUUAUCCUUCAUUGCAGUUUUGUCAAUCCCAUGCCCAAUGUAAAGAUCACACAGGUCACAUGGCAGAAAUCGACAAAUGGCUCUAAGCAGAACGUAGCUAUAUUUAAUCCUUCGAUGGGUGUAUCAAUCCUUCCUCCAUACAAAGAACGUGUGGUCUUCCAGAGCCCUUCUAUUCGUGAUGGUACUAUCCAAAUGAAUCAGUUACAACUAGGAGAUGAGGGACCAUACAUAUGUGAAUUUGCUACAUUUCCUACUGGAAACCGUGAGAGUCAACUGAACCUCACUGUACUUGCCAGACCAGUCAAUCAAAUGGACGUGGCAUCCAAAAAACUGGUAGCAAAUACUUUGAGCAACGAUAAGAUUGUGGUUGCAACCUGUAUGUCAGCCAACGGGAAGCCACCAAGUACAAUUACCUGGGAAACCAAGCUGAAAGGGGAGGCAGAAUAUCAAGAAAUAAAGAAUGAUAAUGGAACCGUGACUGUGAUCAGUCGAUUCAAACUUAUGCCCACCCGGGAGGCCCACCAGCAGCCACUGACUUGUGUUAUAAACUACCAAACAGAAAGAGAUACAAAGAACACCACCAUCAAUGUACAAUAUGCGCCUCAAGUCUCAAUUGAAGGAUUUGAUGGAAACUGGUAUGUUAAGCGUUCUGAUGUGAAACUGAUGUGCAAAGCAGACUCUAAUCCUCCUCCGUUCUCAUACCAAUGGAGAAUGGCUAAUGGGUCGUUUCCAGACAGUGCAGAAGUGGACAAUAACACCCUGUUUUUCCGUGGACCGGUUACCUACUCUUUCUCUGGAACAUACAUCUGUGAGGCCAGAAAUGCUAUUGGAAGCCAGACUGGACAAGUGGAUGUUAAUGUUACAGAAUUCCCUUUCACCCCGACUCCUACAGACCAUCCGGACAAGAGAGAAUCCUCCAUGUUCUCAGCAGCAAUCAUUGGAGGGGCAGUGGGUGGAGCAGUGCUAGUGCUAGCUGUUUCUGUCAUCCUGUUUGUGGUGCUUCGAAGGAGACAUCACACCUUUAAAGGAGACUACAACACUAAGAAACACAUCUAUGGAAAUGGUUAUAGUAAGGCAGGUGUGGCACAGCAUCCGCCUAUGGCACAGAGUUUGCAAUACCCAGAGGAUUCUGAUGAUGAGAAGAAGCCAGGCCCUGUUGGAAGCAUCAGCUAUGAAGACGAGGAAGAUGAUGAGGGUAUAGAUGGACGUAAACUGAGCACAAAGUACGACGAUGAAUCUAAGCGCCCUUAUUUCACAGUAGAGGAGGGAGAACGAUGUGGCUAUGGUGAGGAUAGAACUCUAGGGUUCCAAUAUGAACCUGAAGAUCUGCCUGAUAAUCUGGUUGCCCAGAACGAUGGUUCUUACAUCUCAAAAAAGGAAUGGUACGUGUAAGAGAGAUGUGCCAAAUAAACUGAACUUUGCAGUUGGACACUUACACAUGCCAUUAUCCCUGAGAUGGUAGACUUUCAGCUGUUGGGAGAAAUGAUCACGUGAUGAAAGCAAUGUCUUAUCUCUUGAUAUAUGAAUAUAAUAUCUUUUUUAUGCCUCAUACCUGCAGGGUCAUUGUCACCUGCAAAAUUCCCAUACCCAACUGUUAAACUUCCAGACUUCUAGUUCCUCGUCAUGUUAUGUUGUACGACAUAUGAACAGGGUGACUACGUUAUAGUGUUUAAGUUCAUUUACACAAGUUGACACACACACAGCAUGCUUUUCUUUUCAAAGGGUUAAAAUACACCAUUGUGCAGCCUAUCCAACUGUACAGCAUAGCCAUUAUACACCCAAUAGCAUGUAAUGUUCUUGGCUUUAUCAGUAUGCCAUUGAUGCUCAUUACGAGAGCCUACUACUGAAGAGAAACAAAAUGCAAAUAAUAAAACCACACUUGAGGUACGUUCACAAAAACAAUAAUAUCACAUUACUUAGCAUAUCAAAGCUUAUCACUUUGAAACACCACUAUUGAUGCAUGCAUUACAAACUUGUUGUAAAUGAACACAACGUAAACUGCCUUCCUUCAUUAUUUGCUCUGAAACACUGGAAUUUAUCGCUGGGUACUUUGUAGCUUUUUUAUAAUUGUUAUUUUUUUAAUUUCUUUGUGUGUUUUGAGGGGUUUUGUUUUAUUCCAGAUACAGAGGCUGCUAUGCCAUAAUAUAUUUUAUCCUGCAUGUUGCAGGGUAAGCAAAUGACAGUGAAGCUGGUGGUUAGUGACAAUGUUGGGGACUAGUGUAUCCUUGUUUCUGCCUGGGACAGUGUUGAUAUUUCCGAUAAAGAUUUAUGUAUAUUAACAUACAGACAUGAAACAUUUCCAUUGCUCCUGUCCUCCAUGCUUCCAUACAAACAGCACUGCACUUAUAACUACCAAAGUGACAAAACCAUCCUAUACAAAGGCAUAGAUACAGACUACUAUCAACAGCUGCUUUGCGGAUAUUCUAAAGAAACCAUGGAUUGUAAAAAAAAAAAAGACAGACACGAAAGGUGAAGAAUUUGUUUUGCUUAAGAGCAAACAUUUAAUUAAACUGAAUUAUAAUGCCAAAAUGACUUACUGCUACUAUCUUACAAUCUGUAAGAUUCAUUGACCCCUAUGUUUUGUUUAAGGACAUUCAGAUGUAACAUUUUGCUGUGCUAAGGGUAAGACCCUCCAAGUUCAGUGAUCUAAACACUUACAAGAAGAUAAAAUAAUUGGAAAAAAAUCACUCACCUUGGUAGGAUGCAAGGAUGAGAAAUGUUGUUGGUAGUUUUUACCUUUUGUGAGAUCUGAGGCUGUUAUAUAUGUUAUCCUUGUUUUUGACCUUGUUUAAAGCCAAGCUGGAUAUUUACGCAGGGGACCGCAAGAUGCAGCAUCCAUGGACUACAAGUAGAAUCACUAAUACUGGUUAUCUUUCAGUGGUAAUGUCCAGCUCUCCCGCCAGGGGGUUUGUCUUAUCGUUUGCUUUUUUAUGUUUAAUUCAUAUAAAUCAUGUUAUAGAAUA